AUGACUGGGGGACCUCACCCUGCUCAACAAAGGCGGCUUCCGGUGUCCGACAACGCCGGACCACCAAUGACCAUGGCAGACUCGAAAAAUGUAUUACCCCAGGAGGGUACCGCUGGCUACGCCAGCGGAGAAUCCCUCCCAGAGGUCACUCUGACCUCUGGCCGGCCCACGUAUUCUGGGGGGGCCAAAGGAUGCCACACGACCACUGCAAGAAUAUUGACAACGAUUGCGAGCGACUUGGAUUUGUUGAAAAAGGAAAGACGGGAAGCGUCGAGAGAGAGAGGGCCAAAGACUGGCAAAAACCCGACGGAGGAGGACGACACUAGCGACGCUGAGCUAGUGUCUGUAUCCGAAGUGUCCGGAAUGUCGGGACUGUCUGGGCUAUCCUCAGACUCGGACAGCACAGUUGAGGGCACAAAAGACCUGGCGGAGACGAGUAAGACCGCCCCCACAGCCCCGAGACUCGCCCUCAAAUUUGCGGCAAAGAUGCCAAAGAAGAGGGCGCUAAAAGAUGACGGAGCGGCGGCCCCGGUCGCCACCAAGGUGUCCACGGCGGCAAGAGGCCGCCCUAGACGCCCAGGGGCUCAUGCCGCCUAUCUGCAGGAGGCGAGAGCGCACAUGGCGGAGGAGGGGGAGAGUGGAGCAAGCGGCUCGAACCCCCCCCCCUACCGGCCUCCUUGCCUCCUGCCCAGAGACUCUUCGGAGCCAAGGUGCUCCCAGCCGGAGGCCGCUACUAUCGAGGCCCUGGCUGCAAAAGCCCUCCUGAAUGUGGCCGCCAUUCAGGGGGAGGUUAAAAAGAGCGGCCACAUUAAGGGCACGGUCCUGGGCCAGAUAAACCGGGCCACAAAGGGGGUGAUUGAGGCGGUGGAGGAGCUCCGCUCAAUCACCCCCCAAGAGGAGCAACGCCGACUCCGCGCGGAGAACGCCAGAUUGGCGCGGGAAGUAGAACUCAUCCGCGCGGAGUUAAAAGCGUUCAAGGAAGCGUACUCGGAGUCGCAGAAAAAAGCGGCCGCGACUCCGAGGGAGACUCCUCCGGCCCGGGAGGAGAGUGUGGAAACCGUGCUCAGGGGCGCCCUCGAGGAGAUGAGGCGCGACCUUCUAGAGUCCGUAGGCGGGAUGGUUAACGCCCGCCUAGGAGACCUAGAAACGCGCCUCCCCCCUGAGCCGGUGGUCAGGCCGCCUCUCCAGGCGGACAGGAACCACCCGCCGCCGCCGCGCCCUGUGGCCCGGCCCAAUUUAGUGGCUGGUGCCACCAAAACCGUGGAGGUACGACCGGCCCAGGCCCCUGUGGCCAAAGCCGGUCCAGCGAAAACAAAGCGGAAGAUUAGCAAGACCGGACCGGCCGCCCCUCCCCCCCCUCCACCUGCUGGCGGAGGAGGGAGCGCAGAGACGGCCACAAAGGCCAAAGCCGGAGCCACCAAACCCGCCCCCCAAACACCCGGGGGCGAGGAAACACCAUGGUCCAAGGUAGUCGGCCGGAAGGCCCGUAAGAAGAAGGCUCCGGCCAGGGCCCCGCCCGCUGCACAGGUUCAUCCUGUAAGAACGCAGCGGGCUGCCCCCCCCCCCAAAGCGGUAAAGAUCGUGGCCCCCAAGACGGCGGCCAUCACCGUCACCCUCAAACCGGGGGCCACGAUCACGACAGCGGAAGGUCAGGUCGCCGAGGCCAAAUAUACAGAUGUAUUGGCCAAGGCCAAGGCGGCGAUCUGCCUUAGGGACCUCGGCUUGGAGACGGUCAAGGUGCGUACCAGCAUGACCGGCUCCAAGCUGAUGGAGGUGGGGGGGAGCACCCCAGAAGAGACGGCCGACCGCCUGGCCGCCGAAUUGACACGCGUCAUUGGCGGCUGGGCGGACAUCGCGCGUCCGUCCAAGCUCGCAGACCUUCGGGUCUCGGGUUUGGACGAGACGAUAACGUGCGAGGAGGUGGCAGCCAAACUGGCUACAAUCGGAGGCUGCCACCCCGAGGCCGUCAAAGUGGGCCUAAUCAGGCCCAGCUUCUGGGGUGGGGGGUCCACCCUUGUGAGAUGUCCGGCAGCGGCGGCAAAAGCCGUCGCUCAGAUAGGAAAGGUGGCCAUAGGGUGGAGUAUGGCCACCGUCACCGCGGUAAGGGCCCGGCCGCUGCGCUGUUUUAAGUGCAUGCAGCUGGGCCACACCCGGGCCCUAUGCCCGUCGGAAGCGGAGGAUGGUCGCCUCUGCUUCCGAUGUGGCCAAGAGGGCCACAAGAGGGCUGCGUGCGAGGCGCCUGUCCACUGCGCCGUGUGCAAAAGGACAGGCUGCCCGCACGCCCACGUCAUGGGGGGGGCUAAAUGCACCCCCCCCACCAUAAGGGGGAAGGCCCGCUCCACCGGCCCUCCCCCUGCGCCAAGAGCGCAGCCGCCGUCCGGGCCGCAUCAACCGCCCGAAGAGGAACGUAUGCAGGUGUCAUAA